ACAAUUUUGUUCAUCAGACAACCUUGCACGUUCUUCUCUUACUUGCUUCCAACUAUCUCUAUCUCUAUCUCUUAUAGUUCACUAUUUUUGUCCGAAUCACACGCUUCACUUCUUUCUUCCAAACUCCACCAUUUCUUUCCUUACAUUUUCUUCACAAAUGUCAGCUUCUCCUUUUCUUCCUCCUCCUUCACCACCGCGGUCGCCGUCACGGUCCACUAGUUAGUUUUUGUACAUUUCUGAUAAGAUUAUGGGGGGAUCAAAAACUCGAAAAACUCAUACUUUUUUAGUUGUUUUUUUCUUUCUUGUAGUAAAUUUUAGUUUUGCUAAAAAUGAUCUUGCAUUUUCUCCUCCUGAUAAUUUCUUGAUCGAUUGUGGAUCAUCUCAGGAUACUACUCUUGAUGAUGGAAGAGUCUUUAAAUCGGAUUCUUCGACUCGGAGUUAUCUUGAAACCAAUGAAGAGGUUCAGGUUUCAGCUGAUUCUCUUCUUGUAAAUACUUCUUCUUCGGCUGUUCGUUUAUAUAAAACAGCAAGAAUUUUACCUUCUGAAUCAAAAUAUACUCUUCAUAUUUCUCAUCCGGGAUGGCAUUGGAUUCGCCUUUACUUCUACCCUCUUCCUCAUCCGAAAUACAAUCUAAAUGACGCGGUUUUUACCGUUGCAGCCGACGAAUUUGUUCUUUUACAUGAAUUUUCUGUAAGAGAUAAUAGUUCUGUCGUUUUCAAAGAAUAUCUCUUUAAUCUUACAGAUGAAAGAUUUUCCCUCAUUUUCAAGCCUAUCAAGAACUCUUACGCAUUUAUCAAUGCUAUUGAGGUUGUUUCUGCACCUGCCAGCCUCAUUUCUGACUCUGCAGCCACACUUCCUCAAGGAGGAACUUUUAAUGGUUUGUUUAAUUAUGCGUUUGAGGUUUCUUAUCGGUUGAAUGUCGGUGGCGGAAUUGUGUCUCCGAAGAAUGAUACGUUGUCAAGAACAUGGUUUCCUGAUACACCAUUUAACACAUUUCCACAAGGAGCUCAAGCUGUGUCUGUUCCUCCGAGUACCGUUAAAUUCAGGGAGGGCGGAGCGAGCCCCUACAUUGCUCCGCCUUGGGUUUAUGCUACCGCCGAUCAGAUGGCGGAUUCUGAGACAGUUCUGCCUAAUUUCAAUCUCACUUGGGAGAUGAGUGUUGAUCCAGGAUUUUCGUAUUUGGUCAGAAUGCAUUUCUGUGACAUUGUCAGCAAGUCUCUUAAUGACUUGUACUUCAAUGUGUAUAUAAAUGACAUGAUAGGCGUGUCGAGUCUUGAUCUAUCAUCGCUUACUGGUGGUCUUUCGACAGCUUAUUAUGCGGAUUUUGUUGUCAAUGCCUCAGCAAUCACCAACAGUUCUGUCAGAGUUCAGGUUGGAACUGCUUCCGGUAUAGAGUCAGGAUUGGCUAAUGCGAUUCUGAAUGGAUUAGAGGUGAUAAAGAUGAGCAACAUAGAUGGAAGCUUGAACGGAUUUUUCGCUGCAGAUGUGUCCCACGGAGUAAGCAUAAUGAAGAUUCUUGCAGGAAUUGGGCUAGCAAUGGGAGUGUCAGCAAUGCUACUUCUAGCAAUAAGUUUUAUCAGGUGGCAGAAGCGACCUCAGGAUUGGCAGAAACGAAACAGCUUCUCAUCAUGGCUUCUUCCUCUGCAGGGAAACACUAAUUCGACAUUCUUUUCGAGUAAGAGUGGCUCGAGAAGAUCAAGCAUGUUCGGUUCGCGUAAAAGCAAGAGUGGCUACUCUGGUUUCUUCUCUAAUCAGGGUUUCGGAAGGUAUUUCGGGCUCGCUGAAUUGCAGAAUGCAACUCAAAAUUUUGAUGAAAAGGCAGUGAUUGGUGUAGGUGGUUUUGGAAAAGUUUAUAUUGGAGAUUUGGAAGAUGGAACUAAAACUGCUAUCAAAAGAGGAAACCAUAGUUCGCAGCAAGGUAUAAACGAGUUUCAGACAGAAAUUCAAAUGCUCUCCAAGCUCAGACAUCGACACCUCGUGUCGCUCAUUGGCUUCUCCGAUGAGAAUUCCGAGAUGAUUCUUGUUUAUGAGUACAUGUCUAAUGGCCCUCUCCGCGAUCACCUCUAUGGCUCGACCCUACCUACUCUAUCAUGGAAACAAAGACUCGAAAUCUGCAUCGGUGCAGCUCGGGGAUUACAUUACCUCCACACGGGUGCAUCACAGCCCAUUAUCCAUCGUGAUGUCAAAACAACAAACAUUCUUCUAGACGAGAAUUUUGUCGCGAAAGUUUCUGAUUUCGGCCUUUCCAAGGCUGCAUCAGUGGAUCAAGGGCACGUAAGCACUGCCGUAAAGGGUAGCUUCGGAUACCUCGAUCCUGAGUACUUCAGGAAGCAACAGCUAACCGAGAAAUCCGAUGUUUACUCUUUCGGAGUUGUUCUUUUCGAGGUUUUGUGUGCCAGGUCCGUUAUAAACCCCGCCUUACCAAGAGAGCAGGUCAGUUUGGCAGAAUGGGCAAUGCAGUGGCACAGAAAGGGAAUGAUCGAAAAAAUCAUUGAUCCGAAAAUUGUAGGUACCAUUAAUUCAGGAUCCCUGAAAAAAUACGUGGAAGCUGCAGAGAAAUGUUUAGCAGAAUACGGAGUCGACAGGCCUGGAAUGGGAGAUGUAUUAUGGAACUUGGAGUAUGCAUUGCAGCUUCAGGAGGCUUCAAGUGAAGCUGAAGCACUGGACGAUAAAAGUACAAAUCUGAUAGAUUUGGAAAAGCCAAGUAAAGCGAAUUCAGGAGGGGAAUCUGCUGCAACAGCAGUAGCAAUAAAUGAUGAUUCUGAAGUAACUGUGGGGUCUCCAAUAUUUUCUCAGCUAGCAAAUGGAAGGUAACGAAAACCAGACAUCAAAUUGUAAAGAAACCAAAUGAUCAGUAGCAGUAAUACAUUGGCAAGUUCUAGAUAGUUCUUGAUGCUGAAAAAGAAGACAUUUUCAUGGUUUGAGCUUCCACUUGCAUUCCUUGUAUGCUAUUCAGGAUCAAGAAUUAGCAGUUUGAGAGAUAUGGUUAAAGAUUGAAGCUUUUGGUUGAGUGUUCUGCAGAAUUGACCUUUUUUUUUUUUGAUUUAAGCUUCUUUUUUCCCCAUUUCAUUGAAUGUGUUGCAGUUCAUUGUAAUCUUCUUUUUUCAUUUUCGUAGUAUUUUGUAUUUUUAGAAGCUAGAAAAGCUAGGGUAACUGGCAAAAUAUAGCAGUAAUUUUAAG